UCAGCCGCUUCAUUACCGUGAACCGAGCACAGAAAGCGUCGAUCAAACAAACACAAACAGAGUCUUAUCGGUAAACUGCUCUUCAUCAGAUAUGGAAGCGGCAUCCUCCUCCUCCUCCUCCUCCUCCUCCAGUCAGUGCGGCAGAUACAGUUAUGAAGAUUACAAAGAGACAGCAGACUGGCUGCUGGCCCACACUGAGCAGCGUCCUAAAGUCGCCAUCAUCUGUGGUUCAGGCCUCGGCGGUCUGGCUGACCUGCUGGAAGACAAGACUGUGUUCCCUUAUGAGGAUAUUCCACGUUUUCCUACCAGCACUGUGCCAGGCCAUGCCGGUAAGCUGGUGUUUGGGAAGCUGGGGGGUCGUGAGUGUGUCUGCAUGAAGGGGAGAUUCCACUUCUACGAGGGCUACAACAUAUACACGGUGACGUACCCAGUGCGAGUCUUCUUCCUGCUGGGCGUGGAAACUCUGAUUGUGACAAACGCUGCGGGAGGACUCAAUGACAGCUACAAUGUGGGCGACAUCAUGCUCAUCAAGGAUCACAUUAACAUGCCGGGUUUUGCAGGGCAGAACCCCCUUUGUGGGCACAAUGAUGACAGGUUUGGAGUGCGUUUCCCUUGCAUGUCGGAUGCGUAUGACAGAGAUCUGAGAGCUCUGGCCAGGCAAACAGCAGUAGAGAAGGACUGCGACAGCUUCCUGCAGGAAGGCGUUUACUGCAUGCUGGCUGGACCGACAUAUGAGACCAUUGCAGAGUGCAGAGUCCUGCAGUUGCUGGGGGCCGAUGCUGUCGGUAUGAGCACUGUGCCAGAGGUGGUAGUGGCUCGUCACUGCGGCCUGCGUGUCGUGGGUCUGUCCCUCAUCACCAACAAGGUCGUGACAGAUUAUGACAGCUAUGAGAAGGCAAACCACGAGGAGGUUCUGAAGACCACCGAGAGCAGAACCCAGGACCUCCAGAGGCUCGUCAGCAGCAUCAUCACCGAAAUCUAGUAUCGUCAUCUGAAAGUUGCUGACAAAAAAACACACAAUUAAGUCACUGAUGACUAAUAAUAACUUUGAACAAAAGGUAAAAGUAGUUAGGUGCAGAUGGUGAACUGGUCAAGUGUUUGGGUAUUUUACUGGUUAUCGUGUAUUUUAUUGGUUAUCAUGGUUAACUGAUGCCCCUUAGCAAUAAGUGGGACUUAUAAAUCAUGACAUGUGGAAACCAGGGUCAGGAAAUGUUGUGAAAGUAGAAUUUUCAAGUGUCUCUCAAAUCUGUCGGCGACAUAUUGACUUUUGUUGUGUGUUUGAAUCCAAAUACAGAGUAUUGUGGUGGCUAGUUUUGCUUACAGGAUACCAUUCCCUUAUUUAAUAUGGCCACGUUCUCAUAUAUCCCAGAUCAUGGAUCAAUAAAUGUAGUAGGGUUACAGCGGUGGGUAUUGUACAACCUCUACUGGUUUGUAUUUCUAUCCUCUAACGAUGGUUCAGGGUUGUUUGGGAUUUCCCUUCUACGUGUAAAGGCAGCGUACAAAAAGACAGGGACAUCUCUGAUGGCUGAACUUGUACUGUGUAUUCAGCCCGUUCACAUUCCGAAGUCGUCAAAUGCUGCCGCUUUUGCAGUUCUUUGGGCGUAAGACCUCGACGCCAAAAGCCACUUUUAGUGUCUGCAUGAUAUGCUGCUGGACAGCGUCAGCUUAGAACGCAGCCAGACAGAACCGAUUGCAGACGGCCGGAUGGCACCUGCCGCGGCAGUAUGAUAUGAGCAGAUGGUCAUGGUCAAUUGAGAGCACAGCUGGACAGACCCCGUCAUGUCUGCAUGAUACGCCGCUGGAAGGCGUCAGGUUGAAACGCUGCCAGUAACAACAUAAUAUAAAGGGCGCAAAGGUCCCUAUGGGGCAGGUGGGAUGGAUAGUUAUGGAUCCAGCAAACGCUGGACUUUCAUGCAGGAGUCUGCAUGAAUUUUUGACACCUUACGAUGUGUCUCUUUUUCCUAAUCCUAACCAUCCAUGCCAGCGUGUGAUUUUGUUGACACUCUUGUGUUGGUUGCCAUGUACUUUUGUUGCCUAAACAUAACCACAUGUAACGUAAUCCCACCAUCUGCUUUUGUUGACAUCACGGUAGCGAAAUCACGGGAGCAGCAUCCCGGAACGUGCACAGCAGACACAUACGGAUACCUAGGGCGUAAUAUGUAGACGCGGAUGUCCACUGCAGAGUGGCAAUAUGUGACGACUUGGGAUGAGAACAUGUUGUUAUAUUUGAGUGCAUCUAAACAACAUAAUGAAUGUAAGACAAGACUGCUCACUACUAACGACUACUUACAGACGCAUCAAACAUUUAUACAGUAUAUACACACAUCCUGUUCUUGUUGAAGGAGACUCGGCAACAUGUUUUUUUUUUUUUUAAAAAUUUACCUCAUCUUUGGGUGAUUGUCUAUGAUUAAGGCUUGUAAAGUGAUACCCUCCAUUAUUUAUGUCUACAUUUGUUAUAUGAACACAUGCUGUAUGUCUUAUUUGCCUUUAGAGAGAGCAGUGUAUUCAACUACCACCUAUGAAUCCAUCAUCUACUAGCUUUAAGGGACAGUUAAGGGACAGGCAGUUUUCACCCCCAAUGAAAAAAUACAUAUUUGUCCUCUUACCUGUUGCACUAUUCAUUAGUCCAGAUUGUUUUGGUAAGUGUUGGAGAUAUCGGCUCUAGAGAUGUCUGCCUUCUCUCCAGUAUACUCAAACUAGCAAGCACUCUGCUUAUGGUGCACAAAGUGCCAAAACAAAAAUGAAAGUAAAUUGUUUCUACGUGAAAUUGCUCAUUACAAGGUCUGUGAAUUGUCUUAAGUAACCGAGACAUUGCUGUUGAGUUAUUCAGAAGUAUUUUUGGGCGCUUUGAGCACCACAAGAGGAGUGCCAUCUAGUCCCAUUAUACUGGAGAGAAAUUUCUGUGUCACACCAGAAAGAUCUAGACCAAUGAAUGGCAGGUAAGAGAUUUUUUAUAUUUAUUUUGGGUAAACUGUCCCUUUAAUAUGUAUUCAGAUGACACUGUGCACUUUUGCACUGGCCUUGAUCUGUUGGUGCAGGGGUUGAUGAAACAGCACAUUUUUUUUCUCCAGCAGUGUCUUAGAAAAUAAUCCACAUAAUAAGAGUUGCUUAUUAGAGGGAAUAUAGAAAAAUUAUUGUGAGUAUUGGGACCAGCUGGCACCUAGCUUAUUUUGUGAUUGCCUGUUAUUAGCAAUGUAAAAUAAAUUCUUAUUUUAUCUAUAAAUCAAAGUGGAUAUAUUUACACACCACUGUGAAAUUAAGAGUUUAUUUUUUAAAUAGAAGAAUCACUUAUUUUAACUAUCUAAUUUAUUUAUUGAUUUAAAAAAAAAUGACAACAUGGAAAUGACGUGUCAAUCCGAAUCCUUUUUUUGACACAUUGAUUAAGUUUUAGCUGAAUCAGUGUGUGAAAAGCCUGCCCACAAUGUAAGCACAAUAUAAUCUGAAAGAAAUGCACAAAAUCAAAGGCUAAUGUGGUGAAGCAGAAGUGAUGUAUGAGGGUUUUUCUGGUGUGGAUUGCAUUUGGAUGCAUUUUAUUUGUACACCAAGAGACCACGGCACUGUAAUAUCAGAGAGGGCCAUUAGACCUCGGCCUGCACUUUUCAAUCUGGAACCUCCUGCCAGCUCCUCUUGACCAUCUCAUUCAUUAAAGCUGCAAAGGCCGGAGAAACCCUACAUCAGCAGUCCACCUCUUAGACCAUUUGUAUCAGGCUUUACAUCAAGAUGCUAAUGGAAGUCUUAAAGGGGAAUUCCACGAGUGAAGCCUGCCAUCAUGGAAAUGUAAAAUCUGGAUCUGCUCCAUACAUCAUAAACGGGGAUAUUAACAUGCAAUUAAUUCAUUUUAAAGACCACUACUUUCCUGUAUGGGCAUUACUCUAAACUUUGCAUUUUUGCUUCCUUCUUAGGAACUGUUCAUUAUUUAUGAGGUGUGAGGGGGUGGUGCAAAACAGGGGAAGCAUGUCAAGUAUUUUUGUUGGCACUGGGGAAGGACGUGUAACUUUAAAUGGUUGUAUUUUGUAUUUAUUUUAACCCUUUGAAACCUGGAUGGGCUCAAUUCUUUAGUAAAUUAGUAAAGUAUUAAAACCUUUGCAAAUAGGUGUUAAUUCUCUUCAUGAAUAUGGGAAA